AUGGAUAGCUACUCUGACCUAAGAUUUGUUCUUGCUGAUCGUCUCAUAGAAGCAUUCCAUUUUGGCUUUGGAGCAAGUGACGUGAGCUAUCUUUCUCAUGAGGGUAACAAACAGAAGACAAUGCCUGACGCCCGACGGGCGAUAAAGCACCUAACCUAUGCCGAUUUUGGCAGACUGUGCUCCACCCCAGUGAACUCAUGCGGUUCCGAUGUGCCUAGAGGCCAGAGGCAAAUCCAUUCACGGUCCGUAGGACCAACACCAUUCAAAGGUGGGUGGCCCGCCCUGCCUAGAACAGUCAUGUUUGACUGGGCUUACACACAUUCGCUCACUUACGUUGUCCCCCCUCAGCUCACCCUAGCCCAGGCCUUUUGCUCUUCUAACGUUCAAGGACAAUCAAGAUGGAGGCUUGGAGUAUCUAAGGCUUCAUGGACCCAAUUUUUAGGGCUUUUAAGGACGGACUCGCUAGUGUCCCAAGGAUUGACCGGUGACACUACUAACUGA